AUGAAUUACAGAUCCAUUUGUAUCUUUGUUGUGGUGUGUGUUGUGAGCGCUUUAAUCGGCGUCUCUUUGAGUGAACCCCAGAAUCAAAGCAAAGCCAAGAAUACCAAAAGAAACCCAAAGAAUAGAUCUCCUCUGAGACGCGAUGGAGUGGUUCCCGAUGUCAUUGAUUCCGUGCCAAAGGAUAAGAUUACGGUGAAGUACUCGUCAGGACUUGAAGUGAAGUUCGGCAAUGAGUUGACACCGACUCAAGUG